UUGCUCACAACUCUGCCCUAUAAUCUAAUUUCAAUUAAUUCUCAAAAUUUUCCCAAACAACCCUUUUGGGUAAAUUAUACUCAUCACCCUUGGUCGGUCGGAGGAAUGCAUAACUUCAAAUCAUCAUUGCUUUUGAGGCGAUGUGUUCAUAGAUGCAUCUUCCAAUUCAGAAGCGUUAGCUCUCUCUCCAAUAAUCCCCUCAUUGAUGAUGCUGAUAACCUAGUACUUGUCGAGGGCAAAGCUUAUUCAAGAACUGCAAUUCUCAACAGACCCUCUGUGCUCAAUGCUCUUAAUACUACCGUGGGUGCUAGGUUGCAUAAACUAUACAAAAGUUGGGAAGAUAACCCUGACAUUGGGUUUGUGGCUUUGAAGGGUAAAGGCAGGGCGUUUUGUGCCGGUGGUGACAUUGUUUCUCUCUAUAAGUUAAUAAACGAAGGAAAUCUUGAAGAGUGUAAAGAAUUCUUUUGGACCCUAUACAAUCAUAUAUACUUUCUUGGUACAUAUUUGAAGCCACACGUGGCCAUCUUAAAUGGGAUUACAAUGGGUGGUGGGGCUGGAAUUUCAGUCCCUGGGACAUUCCGAGUUGCAACUGAUAAAACUGUUUUUGCUACCCCUGAAACAUUAAUUGGUUUCCAUCCAGAUGCUGGGGCAUCAUUUUACCUUUCACACCUGCCUGGCUAUCUUGGGGAGUACCUGGCCUUAACAGGUGAUAAACUCAGUGGAGCAGAAAUGAUGUCUUGUGGGCUUUCUACGCACUACUCGCUUAUUGCAAAACUUCCUUUGAUUGAAGAACAGCUUGGGAACUUGGUAACUGAUGACCCCUCUGUCAUUGAAACUUGUCUAGAAAAUCAUGGAGAUCUUGCUCUUCCAGAUAAAGAAAGUGUAAUUCAGAGGAUUGAAACACUUGACAAAUGUUUCAGCCAAGACACUGUUGAGGAAAUUAUUGAUUCUUUGGAAAAUGAGGUUGCCAAAACAAAUGAUGCAUGGUGCACAUCAACGUUGAUGAAACUUAAAGAUGCUGCACCAUUAAGUUUGAAGGUUUCGUUAAGAUCUAUACGAGAGGGUAGAUUUCAAAGUCUUGAUCAAUGCCUUAUUCGUGAGUAUAGAAUGUCCCUACAAGGAAUAUCCAGGCAGAUUACAGGUGACUUCCAUGAGGGUGUUCGAGCAAAGCUGGUAGAUAAAGAUUUUGCACCAAAGUGGGACCCUCCAACGUUGGGACAAGUAUCUCAAGACAUGAUAGAUCAGUACUUUGCUCCGCUCACAGCAUUUGAGCCUGAACUAGAACUGCCGACAAAGCAGCGAGAAGCGUUUGCAUAGUUUUGGGUGAAAUAUUGUAUUGCAUUCACUUCCCCAGGGGUGCAGAAAUUGCACUGUUUUCUUGUACUCGGCUUGUGGUGGAGAGGUACAUACUAAUGCAAUAUUAGAAGAAAUAUUAUUAUGUUUAGAUUCCAAUUUUAAUUCGUAUUUUAGGAAAUAUAAUUAGGUUUAAUUUAUUGCUUCUAUUAGAUAUGUUUCUUCUUAAGAUGGAAUAGAAUAUUUCAGACCCUAUGUAAUGGACUCUUUUGCAUUGUAAUAAAAGAACUUUUGAAUGAAUGAAA